AUGGGGAUCAUCGACAUUGUAUUAAGAUCAGGCAAAUUGACAUUGGGUGUUUCGCUGGGGAACAAAAUCCCGGAGGAAGAUCCUCAUCCAUUUGUGCUCCAUCACAAACUCCGUUUGUUUCAGCUCCCAGAGGAGAGAUUUCCUUGGAUGGCUUGUCCCACCGACUCUUACGCUUACGUUUACUUUGUGAUUCAAGGGAAAAAAUAUUGUCAGCUUGGAGGAGGCGUCGGCAACGGAGGGGGUGGAGGGGCAAAGGCAGCAGUGGAGGUGGCGACGACUGAAAACAUGGAGGUUGACCCGACUGAUGAAUCAAGCGUUUGCAACGGGGGAGGUGGAUCAGGGGGCCGGAGAGAGGGAACAAUUGAAAUCAGUAGAACUGAGAACUCUAAAGAGCUGACAUCAUCAAGGUUUGAUGAUGAUUUAGUUGAAGCAGAAGGUCACAAUAAAGGAGAAGAUGACGGUGGUAGGGAUCACGUAGAUGGGAUGGAAAAGAAGAAGAAAAAGAAAUACCACAGACAAUUUACCCGAGAAAUAAUGGGUGUUUCCCUGGGGAACAAAAUCCCGGAGGAAGAUCCUCAUCCAUUUGUGCUCCAUCACAAACUCCGUUUGCUUCAGCUUCCAGAGGAGAGAUUUCCUGGGAUAAAAGGGAAAAAAUCUUGUCAGCUUGGAGGAGGCAUCGGCAACGGACGUGGCGGAGGGGCAAAGGCAGCAGUGGAGGUGGCGAUGACUGAAAACAUGGAGGUGGACCAGGCUGAUCAAUCAAGCGUUUGCAGCGGGGGAGGUGGAUCAGGCGGUCGGAGAGAGGGAACAAUUGAAAUCAGUAAAACUGGGAACUCUAAAGAGCUGAGAUUAUCAAGGUCUGAUGAUGAUUUUGUUGAAGCAGACGGUCAUAAUAAAGGAGGAGAUGAUGGUGGUAGGGAUCACGUAGUUGGAAUGGAACAGAAGAAAAAGAAAUACCACAGACAAUUUAUCCGAGAAAUAAGUAAGUGGGUUCUUUUAUUGUAUUAA